UGGACAACUGUCAAAACAAAUUCGUGCGUAGCAGGCUACACGAACUACGCGAACGGUCAUUCGUGUGGAAAUUUUCAAACUCUUCAAAUAUCGAAGAUUUUACGUAGUCAUGGAUAAAGUUGUGAAAUUUGCUGAGCCUGGUCGUGCCUUUGCCAAGGACUCCAUUCGUCUGGUGAAACGCUGCACGAAGCCCGAUCGCAAGGAGUUCCAAAAGAUCGCCAUUGCCACAGCUAUUGGUUUCUGCAUCAUGGGCUUCAUUGGAUUCUUUGUCAAGCUGAUACAUAUUCCCAUCAACAACAUUAUUGUUGGCUCAUAAGUCUUGGCAUUUGGAACGAGAGAAGAAGCAGCAAGAAGAGAUGAACAAUAAUAAUCAUCCAUUUUACGUAGCAUAUUCUUUUCGCGUCUAAACAACAUUAUAUAUACGUUAAUUUUUUUUCUGUAUAGAAUUACAUUCAACGAAUGUCCACUUUUUGUAACAAAAUUUUUCAUGUAUGUGAAAUUAUUUGCGAUGUUCAAAAUUCCAUUCACAAACCAUGAACAUUAGUUAAUAAGCGUCAAUAAUAAUAAAAAAAAAUAAAAACGAUUUUAAA